AUGGAAGCUCAAGCACAACGAAAGAAAGUGCUCGCGAGGUCAUCUCAUCGGAAAUCAAGGCAAGGUUGCCUCGAAUGCAAGAGGAGGAGAGUUAAAUGCGAUGAGUCGAAGCCAGCGUGUGACAACUGCACGAGACGAUCCUUGACAUGUCACUAUACCACCACGAGAAAUCGUGCAACUUCGUUCUCGCCUCCGCAUACCGAGGGAAGCAUUCCCUCUCUAGAAGGUCCGGAUCUUGGAGAUCUCCAGCUCUGGCAUCAUUGGUUGACUGUAGUGUGCUACACGUUCUCCGACGAUGCCAACUCGCUGAUUAUGUGGCAAGAGAACAUUCCCAAGAUCGCUCUUCAGAACCGCUUUGUCGCUCAACUACUCCUUGCUUUAUCGGCUUUGCAUCUUGCUCGUACAGACGAGCCCGGAAGAAGCUCCCAUUUGGCAAAAUCCACGGUACUGCAGACCAAUGCAAUGAGCGGCAUGAUGUCAGCACUUACAGACGAGCCAUCAUCGAGCCGUUCAAGCGCAUUAUACGUGGCGGCCAUGCUGCUCUGCUUCUGCAGCUUGGGAAACCGUCCAAGUCCAGGCCAGUAUCUGCUCUAUUCAGAUGAAGGAGUACCGCCUUGGAUGGACUUACUGCAAGGUGUCAAGUCGAUCCUGACACAACAUAGACACAUUAUCACGGGCAUUGGUGWGGAGGAAGCAGAGUCGGAACCCAGACAACCUAUUGUACCGGACGAGGUCUUCCCUGGCUAUUCCAAAGCAAUGGACGAAUUGACGCAACAUAUCUCUAUACUUCGCGCGGAAGACGAGUCCUUUGACAAGUAUACCCACGCAUUGGAAAUGCUUCAAAGCUCCUUCGAAACGGCGUUUGAGCUUCACGAUGGACAGACCAAGAUGCGGCCUCAUCUUGUGCUCGCGUGGAUGUACAGGAUUAGCGAAGACUUUCAAGCCUCGCUACAUGAACGGCGACCCAUGGCAUUGGUGAUCAUGGCGCACUACAUGACAAUCUUCGCGAGGCAAGAGAAGACUUGGUAUGUCGAGGGUUGGACAAGACAUAUUAUGAAGGCUAUUGAGAAGGAUCUCCAUCCUGCGUAUCAGCGCUGGCUGGAAUGGCCGGCUUCACAGCUAGAAGGAGCUGCCUAA